UCCGCUCCUCCAGGCUUUCGGCGAAGCUCUGAGGGAACGAAGGCGGGGUAUUAGGGGCCGGGCCGUGACCCAAACUAAGGGGAGGAUCUGGAAGGGCAGAGUUUGCCGAGGUCCAAGUCAGCAAAUUGUUGAAACUGAAAACUUAAACUAAUAUAGCAAAUCGGCUCUUCAGGACACAACGCCUACCUUAUGGUGCGCUCCCAAGAGGUAUUUGUUGACUGAAUGAAACGAUAGCCGACCAUUGCUAGGCGCGCUUUUCGUCCUCUGGCACUCGACCAAUCACAAAGCCACUGACUUGUCGCUGAGCCCCGCCUUCCUCUGAGGCUGCCUCCAAACCCAGGAGAAAAAAAAAAAAAAUUAACCGUUUUAACGUCCCUGGAUCGGGCUGGAGCUCGGACAUGCGCAGUGAGAGCCGGUCGCGCUGAAUGCUACUGCCUUCAGGUCGUCCUGUGGGGGGCUUACGGAGACGUCGGAAGUUCUCUAACUCGGUGCCUUUCACAAAUUAGACAAUUUCCGCGGCGCUCUCUCUUCUGCUUUAUGGUUCCAGGAAACGUUUUUAUUCUCUACCAUUAAAAAAAAAAAGGAGGAAGUUAUGUUUCCACGGCAACUUUUUUUUUUUAAAUUUAUCCGGCAUUAUGAAAGCCAACUAUACUUCCCUUCCUGCGUUUUCAGAGAUCCUCCGCAUUGAGAAUUAUUGUCCAUCCUUAUGGGUUUUUUUAAUGGUUUUUAUGGUAGUAUUUUUCCGGUGUCCGAAAGCACUUUGAACCACGGAAAUGUUGCGUUUUAUUUAUUUAUUGUUUUCCUUUCUAUUAUUUCAGCGGUUCAGUACUGUGGGUAACCGAGAUUCGUCACCUGUCAAUCACAUUCAUAGCGUUAACAAGCUCUUAAAAAUUGGCCUUUGUCGCCAUUUUUGUUUUGGGCCCAGUUUGAAAGCCGUGAGGUUAUGAACGGAGGCCAUGUUUCUUUUGGGCAAGUUCCUAGCGCUAUCCCUGUCCCACUUGUCUGUUUCGUCGCCAUCUUAAAUCUUGGUUGUGGCUUCAAGCGAAAAGGGAAGCUGCCGAGAUCAUUUUUUGUCUGGGCAGCGGCAACGUUCCCAAACGCGCGGGGCCGCCCUGAGAAAGGGAAAUGAGCUGGAAGCCAGAGUACCUAAAGCUGCUGAAGGUUGGCUUGAGAGCCUACCCUGCAGGUAUUACUACUCUUCAGUCACCGUGGAUAGUAACAAAACAAAUAAAAGCCCGAACCCAAACCCUGCCACCAUCAUAGGUUUGUAAUUACGCUGGAAUCAGUAAGCCAUGGCGACUAAGAAAUUUGCUGUUAAAUGUGGGAACUUUGCUGUCCUGGUGGAUCUUCAUGUAUCACCUCAAGGUUCAAACAAAGAUACCAGGUGGUUUUCUGAAGAGAAGAAAGAGGAAGUCUGUUUACUGCUGAAAGAAACCAUUGAUGCAAGAGUUAAGGAGCACUUAGAAGUUCGUAAACAGCACAGGACGUCAAACGCAGAAUUCACAAGAUCCAGUCCCUUGUCCUUAAAAGGUUGUGGCCUUCAAAUCACAGCCUACUUCCUGAAGAGAGGAAUACGCCUUCGCUGCAUCAGGGGCUCCCCGAGAGCUGAACUCUCUGUGUUCCCUGACAGAUUUGUGGUCUGUGUAAGUCAGCUUACAUUUAAUUGUGACCUUUUGGCAAGUCAGGAUGAAGAAUUGGUUUCUAAGGCUAUCACGCCCGAGAAGGCCCAGUGUGCGGGUGAGCAGAGCGCUGACCUCUGCCGGGAGCUGCUGGAAGCCAUCCAGUCGCCCGUCACCACAGCUCAUCCCUCACUGCAGAUGGCUGGCUGCAGGCAAAGCUCCCCCGUCCCACCACGCGAGGUGGGGGCUGGGCCCGGCUUCCCUCCAACGGCCCCAAGUGAGAGAAGCACUGCUCCCCUGCCCCUCCCCAGUGCUGAAGUGUGGAACCUCACAGAAGGCCAGACACCCAGCACCCAUGGCCGUGUGGAGCUGCUGAACACUCCUCUCUGGGAACCAGGUGAUGCACAGAUAGACCAUAACGCGCGAGGGUAUGGCCUGUAA